GCCUUACAUCAGCUCAUCUGUCCUUUCAUUACUAAACCAGUGCGUCUCUUCAUAUUUGUGGACUGAAACCAUUGAAGAUGUUUGGCAGAAUUUGGUUCUGUUUGUGUAUGUUGGAUCUGAUUGGUGUGUUUGCUGAUUCAGAUGAAGUGAAGUCAGUGUCUGUGAAGGAGGGAGAUUCAGUCUCUCUACAGACUAACACUGAACUACAGACAAAUGAUGAGAUAAUGUGGACAUUUGGACUUUCAGAGACUCGUAUAGCUGAAAUCAUAAAAAGUUUUGAAAGAUUCUCCACAUAUGAUGUUCUUGAUUGGAAAUUCAGAGACAGACUGAAGCUGGAUCAUCAGACUGGAUCUUUGACCAUCACAAGCACCAGAAACACAGACUCUGGACUUUAUGGAGUGGAGAUCAUCAGGAACAGGACAGUGAUAUCAUACAGAUUCAAUGUUAGUGUCUAUGGUGUGUUUGCUAAUUCAGAUGCAGUGAAGUCAGUGUCUGUGAUGGAGGGAGAUUCAAUCAUUCUACAGACUAACACUGAAACACAGACAGAAGAUGAGAUUAUUUGGACAUAUGGACAUCCAGAGACUCGUAUAGCUGACAUCGUUACAAAGCAUAUAAUUUUCUCCACAUUUGAUGUUCUUGAUGGGAAAUUCAGAGACAGGCUGAAGUUGGAUCUUCAGACUGGAUCUCUGACCAUCACAAACACCAGAAACACAGACUCUGGACUUUAUGGAGUGACCAUCAGGAGCAGCAUGAGACAGCUCACAUACAGAUUCAAUCUUAUUGUCUCUGACUCGGUUCGCUGUUGUGAUUCUUCUGAAGCUGUGAUCCGAUUGGUCGUCUCUGCUCUGGUGGGCGUGGCUGCUGCCACUGCGGUUGCUGUUCUGGUUUAUGACAUCAGAUCCAGGAGAGCUGAACAGGAUGUUUGAUCACUGUUUUUUAUAUCUUUCUGUAUUCAUCUUCCCGUAAAUACUGAAAUCUGAACUUUGUUUGUUAUUUUGAAUCUUAACCUGAAUCUUAGUUUGAAUCUCAUUAUUAAAGGUAUAGUUCACACAAAAAAAUUAAUUCUUUCAUUAAUUAUUCACCCUCAUAUUAUUCCAAACCUGUUCAUCUUCAGAAUUUUUAAUGGAAUCCAAGAGCUCUUUGACACUCCAUAUACAGCAAGGAUACUAUCACGUAGCAAGGACAUUGUUCAAAUAAUCCAUGUGGCAUCAGUGGUUCAACUAUAAAUUUAUGAAGCCGCGAGAAUACUUUUUGUGCAAAAAAAACUAAACAAACAAAAACAAAAAAGAACGACUUUAAUCAACAAUUCGUGUCACCCUGUAGUGGAAUUUUGGAGAGUAUGACGACAUAUGCGCGUGCUUUAAUCUGAACAUAAUCAACGCAUGCUGCCUGUGUAGUACACAAGUGUGCUGUGACUUGUUCACAUUCAGAGCAAAGCACUUGCAUGUGUCCUGAGAAGAUGGAUUUUGUUGCUACUGAAUUUAUCUGAGUAAUGAUGAUGUUCUUGAUGGGAGAUUCAGAAACAGACUGAAGGUGGACAAACUAACCAGAUCUCUGGCCAUCACAAACAUCACAAUGAAACAUGCUGGAUAUUAUGAAAUACAGAACAACAGACCAAUAAUAAUAAUAAUAAUAUUUUUAAUUUAUUUUGCGCUUUUACCAGGCUCAAUGAUACUUUACAAGGUACACCAAUACAACAAAUAUUUAUUACAAAAUAACAGUUUAAGUGGACAUUGGACAUUUUCCCAAUUCAGUAACAGAUUAGGUUAAUUGGACGAAUACACAAAGCUGUUUAGUGAUAUUGUUGAUGAAAAAAAUAUUUGAUUUAAAUAAACUGAAAGAGGAAAGAGGAACCUAGGCCCAAACAGAAGUUCUGAAUUAGAAUACCGGAGUGAGCGAGAAGGAAUACAAGAAGAGAGUAGGUCAGAAAGAUAGGACGGAGCAAGACCUCUGAGUGGAAUAAUUUUUUUAUUGCACACAAAAAGUUAAAAGUUUGGCAGAAGAAAUUUGAGGAUUGAGAAUGAGGAUAAGUUUCAUUCUCACUGUCAAAAGUGAGUUUUAAUGGUUUACAUUUUAAAGUGCCACAGCCAUAUCAACCUGCACCCCUAGAAAGACUAGUCACCCACUGAAGCUAAGCAGGGUUGAGCCUGGCCAGUACCUGGAUGGGAGACUCCUGGGAAAACUGGGUUGCUGUUGGAAGACGUGUUAGUGAGGCAGGAAGUGCUCAUCCUGUGGUCUGUGACGUGAAAUGUUAUCAUUUCAUCUGGUAAACAAUUUAAUCAUGCAAUGAGAAACAUUGAUAUGACAACUAAAGUCAACAAUAAUAUUACAAUUAAUGCUGCAAUUUCAAUAUUUCAAGUAUUCAUUUUUAUACGUAUGUCGUCAAUAUGUCAUUUUUGUACCUUUAAAUACUGAAAAUAUGUCAGUAUUUGUACAUUAGAUGCUGUAAAUACAACAGUGUUGUAUGUUUUAGUGUCUGUAAAAACAUAAGUAAAUGUACGUUUUGUAGAUCAACAUAUUAUGUACAAUAUACAUUAAA